CAAUCUGUUACUGUAUUUACUUGUUACACAGUUCCCUUAGCUGUACACAGAGAAGCAGUCCUGGGGAGAAUAUUAGUAAAAAGGCCCUACGAUUAUUUUAAAGGAUUUUCUCUAUAAACUAGAAGAACAUUUUGAAGAUACAGAAGGUUAGAAGGGUAAUUUGAAUCUUCACGGAGACUUGGUUUUGUUGGUGAUUUGACUGACAUGGACACAUGGAUAUGGAACUAAUGGAAUUCACAAACUUAUUGUAUUUGUUCCGUUGAACAGCUAUCACCAGUUGCAGCACCAGGAAGCAGGGGAUGCACAAAUUAACUAGCAAACCCUGUGCCCAGAGCUGUGAUGUUCAUGAUGACUUUCUCUUUCCAUGCUGAUGGGGGCAAAGAAGUCUCUGAUCAAAAUGAAUGUCAUUAAAAGGCUUUCUGCUUCAUAUCUGAGGAAAAGCAAGAUGCAGCAGAGGUGCCAAAGUAACAGACGACCAACUGCUCCACUUGGGUCACGGAUUUUAACUGAUCCUACUAAAGUUUUUGAACAUAACAUGUGGGACCACAUGCAGUGGUCACAAGAGGAAGAAGAAAGAGCCAGAGAAAAAGCAACAGAGAACUCGCUUGUGCGAGUUCAACCGGAAGAUCAAGACAAAUAUGAAAGAGAAGCUAGUAAAUACUGGAAUGAAUUCUACAAGACUCACAAGAAUAACUUUUUCAAGGAUCGUAACUGGCUGUUUCUGGAGUUUCCAGAAAUUCUUCCAAAAGGAAAGAAAGAUCAGAUGAAUAAAGAAGAAAAAUAUUGUUGUCAUGUAAAACUGAAUGCUACAAACAAUUGCACAAAUGUAGGCUUUCCUGCAAUGUUUGAAGAAGGCGAAGAUUGUCAGAACAAUUUGGUGGAUGAUUUAACUUCUGUGCAAGGACACGCAUACAACAAAAGCCAAGCAGAACCUGUUACUGACAACAAACAUGUUAAGAACUGUGAACAAGAACCUGUGAAGCAAGAAUCCUUCCCUGGCAGUGGUGCUACCUACAGAAUACUAGAGGUUGGUUGUGGUGCUGGAAACAGUGCUUUUCCUAUUCUGAAAGUUAUAUGCAAUAUCCCUGGAGCCUUUCUGUACUGCUGUGAUUUUGCGUUGGGAGCAGUGGAGCUAGUAAAGUCACACUUGUUGUACAAUUCAGCCUGGUGUUCUGCCUUUGUUCAUGAUGUGUGUGAUGAUUCCUUACCCUACCCUUUUCCAGAUGAGAUCCUGGAUGUCAUUCUCCUUGUCUUUGUGCUCUCUGCCAUUCAUCCUGACAGGAUGCAAGGAGUUGUAAGUAGACUGACCAAAUUAUUGAAACCUGGAGGGACGUUGUUAUUUCGAGACUAUGGAAGAUACGAUACAUCUCAGCUUCGUUUUAAAAAAGGCCGCUGUUUGUCAGAGAAUUUUUAUGUACGAGGAGACGGUACCAGAGUUUAUUUCUUUACAGAAGAUGAAGUCCACAACAUGUUUACCCUGGCGGGGUUAGUUGAAGUGCAGAAUCUAGUUGAUCGACGAUUACAAGUCAACAGGAAGAAAAAAGUGAAAAUGCAGCGAGUUUGGAUACAAGGCAAGUUCCAAAAACCAUUUCAGCCACCUCAGAAUAGCCGCCAGUCGGCACCCUCAUAGCUAAAUAUAUGGUAUUCCCCAGAGACCAAAACAAGUGAGUGCACAUAUAUUUCCUGUGGAUCCUGUGUUAACUGCUGAAAAGGCAGGAAAAAUGUUGAACUGAAAGCAUUUUCUUAAAAAUGUGUACUUUUUUGUUGUUAAGAAGUGAUGUGGAAAAAUGUCUCUUGUCUUGCUUGUAUACAUAAUAAAAUGGCUGUGCACUAACCUA